UUUAAAAGCUCCUCGCACGGGGGCCUGCAGCAGACUUACUUUUGUUGGGACAGAAACAAAGAGCGACAGAUCGAGGCUGUGAGCGGAUGCUGGAGAGGAACUUGCAGACACAGUUUUCCUAACUUCUGUUUCUGUGUGCGGAACUUGAAACAGAGCGAUCGAGAUGCGUGGCCUGUUUUCUACCAUUUUUCUGCUCCUAGUGGCCUUGAUGAUUGUCACUACAGAGGCUGGAAAAAACAAGAAAGACAAAGGUAAAGGAUUGAAAGGGGCCGCAGAUUGCACAGAUUGGCGUUUUGGGAACUGCGUGGCUAAUAAUGGCGAUUGUGGAAUUGGUACGAGGGAGGGGACUUGCAAUGAGGAGAUCAAGAAGCUAAAGUGUAAAGUUCCCUGCAACUGGAAGAAGGAAUUUGGGGCUGACUGCAAAUACAAGUUUGGGACUUGGGGUGAGUGUGACACUGUUUCAGGCAUGAAGAGUCGCUCUGGCACCCUAUUGAAGGCUCUCUAUCAUGCUGAGUGUCAGCCUACCAUUAUGGUCAAUAAACCCUGCUCAACCAAGAACAAAUCCAAGUCCAAAGGAAAGAAAGGAAAGGGAAAAGGAAACUAGAAAAAGGAGACACCCAGCUUUGGAAGUCUGAAGACCAACCCUCCAAACCCCAGCCUUUCAAUUUUCUAGUUCUCUGACUCUCUCUCUUUUCUCUGUUGAUAUGUCGUACACUAGACACCUCCAUGCUGUAUUACAGUUUUAGAGCACAGGAAUGUGGCUACUGUGAUAUGAUUGGCAUAUUGUAUGACAUCCCUGUUCCACAAGGGAAAAUGAAAUGCUGAUGUUUGGAGAAAAACAAUCCUUUGGCUUUUUUGUAGAAGACAGAAAUAUUACACUCUCUGUCAAGAUCUCAUAGUUCACAUUUGACACAAGAACUGAUUACACACACACACACACACACAGCGUGAAAGAGAGGCCAACCUGUGUAAUUAAUGAUUUGUCAUAUAAAUACUUUUUUUAAUUAAAAUUGGGUGAUGAUGCCGUAGAGUUACCUGAAUAGUUAAGUGUAUGACUAGACUUUUUUCAAAGUUUUACUGCUUUAAACCAUCAGUAUUCCUCAGUAGGAUCAGUAGGAUCAGUAUUACUUAAAGUACAUGAUAUUGUGAAAGUUCUUGAAGUGUAACUCAAAUUAAAAUGGAAUGCACUACCAUCAGUGUGCCAGCUGA